AAAAUGUUAUGAAUCGUAGCAGCCAUUAAACAAAAUAAAGAAAUUGAAUGGGCUCCUCUCUCUUAAUGAGAUCCAAUUGUGUGGUUCAAACUGAGAGAGACUAGCUUAACUUAUCCAAUCAUUGACUGUGAUUUCCAAUUGUCCCUCUAGGUUGUGCUCUACCCAUCUUUCUUCAACACGAUCAGGUUGCAAUCUUGCAUACUAAAAAAGAACCUCCUGUAGAAAUCCAUGGCUUCUUCAUCAGUUUCACCCAUCACUGCUCAGAUAUGCUCGAUCAAGAAUGGUGCUUUCGCUACUCCCCAAGCAGUGAUGGCGAAACCCGCGAAGAGCGCCAGCUUGAGGACAAAGGGGUUGAGAGUCACGGCCAUGGCCACUAGUAUUCCGGCAGACGAUAGAGUGCCUGAUAUGGGUAAGAGGAAGCUCAUGAACUUGCUUCUCUUGGGUGCCAUUUCUCUCCCCACUGCUGCGUUGGUGGUACCUUACGCAUCCUUCUUUGUACCUCCUGGGUCAGGAGGUGGAAGUGGCGGCAUCAUUGCCAAGGAUGCCAUAGGGAAUGACGUCAUUGCUUCUGAGUGGCUAAAGUCCCAUGGACCUGGGAAUCGUACCCUCACUCAGGGAUUGAAGGGAGACCCAACAUACCUAGUUGUGGAGAAUGACGGGACACUAGCAACGUAUGGCAUCAAUGCGGUUUGCACCCACCUGGGCUGUGUGGUUCCUUGGAAUGCUGCCGAGAACAAAUUCAUGUGUCCUUGCCAUGGCUCUCAAUACGACAACCAAGGCAAAGUUGUUCGAGGGCCAGCUCCUUUGUCCUUGGCCUUAGCUCAUGCAGACAUUGAUGAUGAUAAGGUAGUGUUCAUUCCCUGGGUUGAGACUGAUUUCAGAACGGGCGAAGCUCCAUGGUGGGCAUAGAUGUUUUUUCUACAAAUCAAUUGGUGUCUUCUCAUUACACUUGUAGCCAACCCAUCCCUUCCAACAUGCUACUAGCUUCACUUUACCCUGUAGUGGUAGUAGUACACUAGUACAUAUGAUCAUUGUAUUUUUUUUUAUGAGUGAUGUCAAAGUAAUAUUAUAACAUAAAAUGUCUUAAACAAGAGUGCAAUUAAUGUGAAUUCGAAAUUAGGAGUACUAUAUUUACACUUAUUAUUAUUGUGCUUAGAAAAUAGUCAAAUACUGUCAAUUUUGUCAAUGAUAUUGUCUUAUUUAUCUCA